CUGUGCGCCCCGCCCUGGGCCAGAAGAAAGACCCGGUGCUUUUACCUCCAACGAGCAGAGGUCCGAGACCUAAAGGGACGCUUCCAGAGGCGGAUCAGCUACAGACUUCUCUCGGCUCCAGGCGACGCCUGACACCCUCGGACGUCCGAGCGCCCUCCACCCGGCCUGAGGCAAAAACUCCAGUAGCCGCCCGCGCUUUCAAGCUCAGGGUCCAGACUGCGGCUGUGGUCCCGAGAUGGCGGCGACAGUGACGCUGGAGCCGGCCGGCCGCUGCCGCUGGGACGAGCCCGUGCGCAUCGCCGUGCGCGGCCUGGCGCCGGGGCAGCCGGUCACGCUGCGCGCGUCCCUGCGCGACGAGAAGGGCGCGCUCUUCAGGGCCCACGCGCGCUACUGCGCCGACGCCGCCGGCCUGCUGGACCUGGAGCGCGCGCCCGCGCUGGGCGGCAGCUUCGCGGGGCUCGAGCCCAUGGGGCUCUUCUGGGCUCUGGAGCCCGAGAAGCCUUUUUGGCGAUUUCGGAAGCGGGAUGUGCAGACGCCCUUCGCCGUGGAGCUGGAGGUGCUCGACGGUCACGAACCCGAGGCCCAGCCGCUUCUGGGCCGGGCGGUGCAUGAGCGCGACUUCCUAGCGCCCGGGGUGCGGCGCGAGCCGGUGCGCGCGGGCCGGGUGCGCGGCACGCUCUUCCUGCCGCCAGGAUCUGGACCUUUCCCAGGGAUCGUUGACAUCUGCGGUUUUGGAGAAGGCCUGUUGGAAUAUCGGGCCAGCCUUCUGGCUGGCCAUGGCUUUGCCACAUUGGCUCUAGCUUAUUGUAGCUUUGAAGAUCUCCCCGAGAUAAUCGAUACCAUAGACCUGGACUACUUUGAAGAAGCCCUGUGCUACAUGCUUCAACACACCCAGAUAAAAGGCCCAGGCAUUGGCCUUCUGGGCAUUUCUUUAGGGGCUGAUAUUUGUCUCUGCAUGGCCUCAUUUUUGAAGAAUGUAUCAGCCACAGUUUCCAUCAAUGGAUCUGGAUUCAAUGGAAACAGAGUUAUAUACUACAAAGAGAACAGCAGCAUUCCACCACUGGGCCAUGACCUGAGGCGAAUGAAGGUAGCUUUCUCAGGCCUCCUAGACAUUGUGGAUGUAAGGAAUGAUAUUAUAGGGGGAUGUGAGAACCCCUGCAUGAUUCCAAUAGAGAAGGCCCAGGGGCCCAUCCUCUUCAUUGUUGGUCAGGAUGACCAUAACUGGAGGAGUGAGCUUUAUGCCCAGAUAGCCUCUGAACGGUUACAGGCCCAUGGAAAGGAAAAACCCCGGAUCAUCUCUUAUCCUGGGACUGGGCACUACAUUGAGCCUCCUUAUUUCCCCAUGUGCCCAGCUUCUUUGCACAAAUUAUUGGACAAACCCGUAAUGUGGGGUGGGGAGCCCAGGGCCCAUUCUAAGGCCCAGGUAGAUGCGUGGAAGCAAAUUCUAACCUUCUUCACCAAACACCUUGGACCUUCCCCCAAAUUGUAAUGCACUGCUCUGUUACUGACAGGAGAGAGAGAUUCAAGGUUGGAUUCUAGUGUUUAAUAAUCUUAUCUGAAUCAUUUGUCCCCUGGGUAACAUUAAAUUCUUGUCAUUGUUAUUAAUGAUGUAGGAAACUUUUUGGAGUUUUAUUUUGUAAUGAAUUUUUCUAAUGUAACACAUACCUCUUGUAGAAGACUGGAUUAAAAUUAUACAAAACAGUAAAAAGUA